AUGGUCGCGCUGCAUCCACCGCCGCCCUUCUCGAUGAACCACCCGGCCUUCUCGUCGGCCGCGUUCCUCCAGGGCCCCAGCACCUCGACCGUCGUCCAGGAGUACGGCGUCGAGUCUGCAGCAGGCGGCAACGGCGACGCGAGCGCUGCGCAGCUCGAGGGCGAGAGUUGGCGCGGAGGCUUCUCUGGAGGGUCGGCCGUCGGGGUCCACUCGGCGCCGCGCGUGUCGUACUACUUCCCGCAAGGCGAGCGACACCCGAUGAAGCCGCACCGCCUCACCUUGACCAACCACCUCGUGCUCGGCUACGGCCUGCACAAGCGCAUGGACGUGUUCCAGCCUCGGUCGGCGACCAAGGAGGAGCUCGAGGCGUUCCACGACGAGGACUACGUCGACUUUCUCGCGCGCGUCACGCCCGACAACGUGCGGCACUUUACCUCGGUCCUGUCGCGGUUCAACAUUGGCGACGACUGCCCGAUCUUUAGCGACAUGUACUCGUACUGUCGACAGUACGCCGGCGCGAGCCUGAUGGCGGCUCGCAAGAUCGUCAGCGGCUCGACCGACAUCGCCGUCAACUGGACCGGCGGGCUCCACCACGCCAAGAAGAGCGAGGCGAGCGGGUUCUGCUACGUCAACGACAUCGUCCUCGCCAUCCUCGAGCUCCUCCGCACGCACGCCCGGGUCCUGUACAUCGACAUCGACAUCCACCACGGCGACGGCGUCCAGGAGGCGUUCUACAACACGAACCGGGUCCUCACCAACUUUUCGCUCAACGUGCCGCUCCAGGACGGCAUCGACAACGAGUCGUACGUGGCCCUGUUCAAGGCCAUCAUGGAGCCGACGAUCCACACGUUCCGGCCCGACGCCAUCGUGCUCCAGUGCGGCGCCGACUCGCUCGGGUGCGACCGCCUCGGGUGCUUCAACCUGUCGAUCGCGGCGCACGGCGAGUGCGUGCGCUUCAUCAAGUCGUUCGCGCUCCCGCUCGUCGUCCUCGGCGGCGGCGGCUACACGAUCAAGAACGUGUCGCGGUGCUGGGCGUACGAGACGGCCGUCUGCCUCGGCGUCGAGCAGGACCUGCCCAACGCGCUCCCGCACACGGCGUACGACGACUUUUUCGCGCCCGACUGGAAGCUGCACCCCGAGCUCGCGUCGGGCCGCAACCGGCUCGAGAACCUCAACUCGCGCCGGCAGCUCGAGCGCAUCCGGGUCGCGUGCCUCGAGCGGCUGCGGUACAUGCACGGCGCGCCGAGCGUCCAGAUGCACGAGGUGCCGCCGAGCCUCGCCCAGUGGCUCGCCGACGAGGACGGGCGCGACGAGCAGCGCGAGCGAGACGAGGACGGCGCGCACGCCCCGGACGGGCGCAGCGACGCGCACCGGGCCGCCAACGACUACUUCUCGCACGACGGCGACCGAGAAGGCGACGCCGUCGGCGGCCGGACGUCGUCGAGCGGGCUCGCAGGCGGGAGCGGCGCACCACCGCCGACGCCGGCCGCGACGUCGUCGACGACGACGACGACGGCCGGAGCGAGUUUGGCGACGACGGCGGGCAGCAAGAAGCGGCGCAAGGUCGCAGCAGCAGGUGCUGCGGGAGGAGCGGGAUCGUCGGCGGCAGGAGGAGGAGUCAAGCCGGUGAGAAUCGAAGCGGGAGGAGCCGAGGACGAGGCAUGAGCGAGGGCGAGGAGGAGCGACGAAGGGCGGCGAUGGGGACGGGCGGGACACUUGCAAGUUG